GAAAACUGCACUAAUUGUUCGGCGCGGCGAUGUUUAGUGCUUAAGGUUGGAUAACUCUUCUCGAAUUUAUUUGUGUAUUCGUUAUUGGACUGGAGUUGUGUGACGGGUUACCUCGCUUGGAAACAUUCCUCAUUUCUGACAAAAGAACCCCAUGCGGUGCACGGGAUAGAGAGAGGAACUACGGCACGACGGAUACAGUGAUGUGGCCCCGGGCCAGGAUAGGUCUGUUAGGGUCACCCCAGCCUCACCCCCGGGCAGAAGGUGACCAGCUGUCUCUACACCAUGCCCACACCAUGAUCGAACCUAACAGCGAUUUACAUGAAAACAAUGACAAAACAGAAUCAAAGAACCAUCGGUUGUUCUGUGUUCAAAGAAUUCGUGAUGCCUCUAGGAUUAACGUUAAUCCAUCAAUACCGUUGGAUAUACGAGGAUUAAUCCAUGGCUGUGGAUAUGUUAAACAACACUUGUACUAUGUGGCUUUGUGUCUUCUUCUUGUAAUGCUCAACGGGGGUGAGGCAGCCUCCAUCAGAUAUCAAUUCCCAGAUGUUAAGCAAGGUAAUUUUGCUCAAGACUUGACAGACUUCCAUAUCUCCACACCCAGUAGGGUGGACCACACCGGCCGCCAUUUAACCUUUGACCUUCGCGCCAAGCCAACAUUUCCAGGCCGGUCUAAAAGACACACGGGGAGCGAGAACGUGUCGCCGCCCCCUGGGGACGCCCACGAUGAGAAGCUACACUACCAGAUCGCCCUGCACCCCCAGGGGCGCGUCACGGUGGAGCUGACACCCAACAAGAUUCUGCUGGCACCGUCCGCCAUUGUGGAGCGUAAGGUCUCAGACUUCAAGAACGCCUCGGAUUCCAGGAUCUCGUCGCUCGAGCCUCACAGAGGAUGUCAUUAUUUUGGUCACGUGACUGGGGACGACAACUCUCGUGUGGCACUUUCUGUCUGCAAUGGUCUGCGGGGACUUGUACGGUAUGGUGGCGAGGAUUAUCUCAUCGAACCAGUCAAGGGACACAAUCCAGCAGAUCAGCAAGGACAACCGCAUCUUGUGUACAAGCGCUCGGCUAGGCCCGAGAGAUCGGAUUCUUCAUCAAAGGCUGCUCACCAUGAGUCGACGUGUGGAGUUGAAGAUAGAUACACUCGCCAUACAAAAGCCAGAGAAAUGUGGGAGAAACAUAGACAUAAUCAUGGUACAAGGGCAGGGAACUCUGGGGAUCACAGUGCCCCAGGGGCAGAGAACUCACACAGCAGGAGAAAGAGGUCCAUCUCUACCAACAAAUACGUGGAGACGCUUGUGGUGGUGGACACGGAGAUGGUUCAACACUUUGAUGGGAUAGAUGAGGACAUAGAGACGUACGUCCUGGCAGUUAUGAAUGUGGUAGCCAACUUGUUUCAUCAAGCCUCCAUUGGAAAUGCCAUCAACAUUGUUGUUGUUAAGAUCAUUCAGCUAACACGCCCAGAGGAAAGCUUACAAAUAACCCACCAUGCAGACAAAACGUUGAAAAGUUUUUGCAAGUUUCAAAAGGAAGAAAACAAUAAUACAGAUGAUGAUCACCCACUGCAUCAUGAUGUUGCUGUUCUACUCACUAAAAAAGACAUCUGUUCACGCAUGAAUGAACCAUGCAACACACUAGGUCUGGCCCAGGUCAACGGCCUCUGCCAGCCUUACAGAUCUUGCAGUAUUGUCCAAGACAACGGCGUCCAUGUGCCCUGGACCAUUGCACAUGAGUUGGGACACAAUUUUGGCAUGAAACAUGACAACCUACAGGAGGGGUGUGAGACAGAUGAAAUGACAGAGUACAUCAUGUCUUCUCAGUUCACUGGGGGGCCCAAAAAUCUGAAGUGGUCAACCUGUAGUAAAGACGCCAUUACCAAAUUCUUAGACCGUGACUGGGGCUACUGUCUAGACGACCCCCCUGGCCCUCAAGUCCCAGCUUACCCUGACAGACCUAUAGGAAUCAUCUAUGACGCUGACACACAGUGCAGGUUGCUUUACGGCUACGGGGCAACCAGGUGUAAUGAGACUGAAGCCUUGGAGAACAUCUGUACAACAUUGUGGUGUAGGAUACACAACAAAUGUGCCACAAACUUGCACCCUGCAGCUGAUGGCACCAUCUGUGGCAAAGAUAAGUGGUGUGUGAGCGGUCAGUGUGUGGAACUGGCUGACAGACCUGCUAUAGAUGGACAGUGGGGAGAGUGGGCUGAAUGGACAUCCUGCACCAGAACCUGUGGGGCGGGGAUCAGCUUUUCUGAGAGACAUUGUGACCAUCCCCCGCCUGAACAUGGAGGCAAAUAUUGUACAGGGGAAAGAAAACGUUAUAGGAUUUGUAACAGUGAGAGCUGUCAGAAUGAGACAAUGACUUUCAGAGCGGAACAAUGUGCCCACUACAAUAGUCAGCUUUAUAAAGGUUCUUUAUACGAGUGGGAGCCCACGCCUAACCCAGGAAACCCAUGUCAGUUGAUCUGUAAACCAAAAGAAGAACAUUUCUCCGUCCUGUUGAAUGACAUUGUGAAGGAUGGAACUCCCUGUAUAACUGGAACUAGGAGCAUGUGCAUCAGUGGCAGAUGCAGGCAUGUAGGCUGUGACUGGAUCAUAGAUUCCAAUGCUGUAGAAGAUAAAUGUGGUGUUUGUUUUGGUGAUGGCUCAACAUGUACAACUAUCAAACAACAAUUCAACGAAACAAAAAAACUAGGCUAUGUAGAAGCUACUGUAAUACCUGCUGGGGCAAGGAACAUUAGAGUGGAGGAGGUGGCUGAGGCCAAUAACUUUUUGGCUUUAAAAAAUGACGCAGGGAAAUAUUAUUUAAAUGGCUAUUGGUUUAUUCAGUGGUCUGGUGACUACGAGGUUGCUGGGACAAUAAUUCAUUACAAAAGAGUUGGAAACAAGGAAGUUUUUUUGGCCCCUGGUCCUCUUAAAGAACCGUUGCACAUUAUGCUUUUGAUGCAGUCUCACAACCCUGGGGUAGAGUUUGAGUACACCGUGCCUAAAGAAAACGCAACAGACACCAGGAAACCAGAGUACAACUGGGACUACACAGCCUGGUCACACUGUACACUCUCUUGUGGUGGAGGAACUCAGCGCUCCUCUGUGGUAUGUAAAGAGCUAGAGAAUGUCAUUGUAGAUGAUAUGAACUGUGACCAGAACAGCAAGCCAGAUGAUAAGCUGAGAGUCUGUAAUGUCCACCUAUGUCCAGCUCGUUGGUGGACAGGGGCAUGGCAGCGUUGCUCAGUGACCUGUGGAGACACAGGCACCCACCGCAGAACUGUCAUCUGUGUGCGCAGUCUAGGCUCCAGUGAGCAGAUAGCGCUGGAAGACAAGGACUGUGAAAGUCUGGACAGGCCAGAGGAAGUAGAGCCGUGCCAUCACAAAGAUCCGUGUCCUGGUGUGGGGGUGUGGCAGGCUGAAGAGUGGAGCGAAUGCUCAAGGCUAUGUAAUGGAGGUGUACAGUUCCGAAGGGUAACGUGUGUGGGCGGGGUCAUAUGUGAUGACCAGAAACCAGAGGUCAACAGGUCAUGUAAUGAGAAACCAUGUCUGGAUGAGAACCUCAACAUUCUAGAAGGUGGGGCAGACACAGACGACCUCAACCCAAAAUUUCCAGUCCCGUCCGGCAUGUUGUCACAAAAUGAACAAAGUUUUGACAACAAUAAAAAUGUCAUAAUUGCUAAAUCUCAUUCUGAAAUCGGGGGGAUGAAGAAAAAUGAAGAUGUCCCAACACACCACAAACACAGGCUGCAUCAUUCACACCUCCAUAAAAAGAAGAGUGAUAGUCCAGAUAUGUCGACAAAUAUAGCAGAAGAUGCAUCCAUCAAAAGUCGAUCUGCGACAGCAGAAAACUCAAAUAGUCCAAGGCAAUUGGAACACAAGGGCUUCAACUUUGCCUGGCAAAUCUCAGCAUGGAGUGAGUGUUCAGCCACCUGUGGUCACGCAAACAGGUCACGAAAGGUCGAGUGUCCCACCCCAGGUCAGUGUGACCUCUCUCGGAGACCUGAGACUACCCAACCAUGUGAAAACUUACCUGCUUGUUUGGCCUGGAUUAAUGGUAGUUGGAGCCAGUGUAGCAAAACAUGUGGGGGCGCCCAGCAGGAGAGGUCAGUCGAGUGUGUCAACUUGUCCUCCCAGCAACUGGCCAAAGACUGUGAUGGCGCCACAAAGCCAGUAGCCACACAGAACUGUAACAUGCAUGACUGUCCACCUGAGGACAAUGCAGCAUUGACUGUCUCCUGUGUAUUCAAAGAAAAAAAUUCACAUCUUUGCCAGGUGGUCAAGAAGAUUGGACUGUGCAACAAACAGCACAUGAAGGCUAAAUGUUGCCUGACUUGUCAAGAUCAUAAUGAAACAAAAGAUAUAAAACAAGUUCCAUAGCUGGCUUCAUUAUAGACUUGUCAUGACUUUGUGAUAUGAACUGCAUUUCAAGCAGUGUUUAAAUGAGCACUGUUCGUUUGGAAAUAUAUUAGUUUAAAAACAGUAAAAUAAAUCUUACGAUAAUAGAUUCAAACAUUUCAAUACAAGUUAACUUCUUGAUUAUUAAAAAAUGUUCUGCAGUUAAUGAAGCUAAUUCUAGACAUUUGAAACAACUAUUUAAAAUGGCAUUUAUAACUUCACAUAGAAAAUAUGCACCAUUUCAAGGUACUUGUGUAGACAUGUGUAGGUCAUGGUUUACUUUCUCAAUUUUUCUUUAUCUCUAUACAAAUAUAUCAUGUCAAAGACAAUCAAAUUGUUAUCAUUGAAAUCUUAUGGUAUUCCACUAGAAACUUUACUACCAAUUGUUAUCAUUGAAAUCUUAUGGUAUUCCACUAGAAACUUUACUACAAAUUGUAGUCAUUGAAAACUUAUGGUAUUCCACUAGAAACUUUACUACAAAU